AUUCUCUUUUCCUGCCUGUCCGUCUCUUACCCUCUGCUUCUCUCUCCCCUCUCGCUCCCUCCGGGGUAGUUCCAGAAACAUACCCAUAUAUGGCCUCCAUGCCAAGGAUCACAAAUGAUGACGUCACGUGAGGGCCAACGUUCAGAGAUGCGCUCCCAAGUGAAGCCCGCAGCUGAUGCGCCCCGGAGGAGCUGAAGGCAGGACCACAGCCUCCGCCGUGCAAUCUCCAAACAGGAAAUCUGAGCUCCAUAACAUCUUAUAGUUUGGCUUGCAUCAUUGGUCAUGCGGUGGGCCCGAAAUAAACUCCCCGCUUCAAAGGACAGCGUUUCGGAGCGGCCAGGCGGAGCAGCCAGACUCGCAGGGCCAGGGCAGAAGGAACACGCAGGGAGCAUGUGCUGAACUCAGACACUCUCAGGAAAAUCCUUGCAUCCCCCCUGAACGGCCCCCUGAGGCAGAACCUAGCAGGGUUUUCUGAUUUGCUGUUUCCUCCUCCCCAUCAAGUGUCUCCUCUGGAGACCGGGGUGAGAGGUGCAAGAGAUGGCCACGGAGAUCAGUGCUCCGGGCACACAGCGUGCCAUUGGGAACGAGGAGUACAGCCUGUACAGCAGCCUGAGCGAGGAGGAGCUGGUACAGAUGGCCAUCGAGCAGAGUCUGGCUGACAAGACCCGGGGCCCAACCACUACUGAGGCCUCCCUGUCUGCACGUGCCAACCGCCAGCCUGCCCAUUUCUACCCAUGGACCAGGUCCACGGCGCCUCCCGAGAGCGGCUCAGCCCACUUGGGCCUGUUCCAGGGGGUCAUGCAGAAAUACAACCGCAACAAGGCCUCCCAGAUGGCGCCCGUGGACCCGGUGCUAAAGGCCAUCAAGGAAGACGAUGAAGAGGCCUUGAAGGCCAUGAUGAAGGCAGGGAGGAACCUCGCCGAGGCCAACAAGGAGGGCUGGCUGCCGCUGCACGAGGCGGCCUACUACGGCCAGCUGAGCUGCCUGAAGGCCCUGCACCGAGCAUACCCAGCAACAAUCGACCAGCGCACCCUGCAGGAGGAAACAGCCCUUUACCUGGCAACGUGCAGGGGACACCUGGACUGCCUCCAAUCCCUGCUGCAGGCAGGGGCCGAGCCCGACAUCUCCAACAAGUCCCGAGAGACACCUCUCUACAAAGCCUGUGAGCGCAAGAACGUGGAGGCGGUGAGGAUCCUGGUGCAGUACAACGCGGACACCAACCACCGCUGCAACCGCGGCUGGACUGCUCUGCAUGAGUCGGUUUCUCGCAAUGACCUGGAGGUCAUGGAGAUCCUGGUGAGCAGCGGCGCCAAGGUGGAGUCCAAGAAUGCCUACGGCAUCACCCCGCUGUUCGUGGCCGCCCAGAGCGGGCAGCUGGAGGCACUGAGGUUCCUGGCCAAGCACGGCGCUGACAUCAACACGCAGGCCAGCGACAGUGCGUCGGCCCUCUACGAGGCCUGCAAGAACGAGCACCAGCUGGUGGUGGAGUUUCUGCUGUCGCAGGGCGCCGACGCCAACAAGGCCAACAAGGACGGCAUGCUCCCGCUUCACGUCGCCUCCAAGAAGGGCAACUACAGGAUCGUGCAGAUGCUGCUGCCGGUGACCAGCCGCACCAGGUUCAACGACAUGCCCGCCUGUGACAAGGCGCCCUGCGUGGUCCAGUUCUGCGAGAUCCUGUCUGCCCCUGAGGUGAGCCGCUGGGCGGGGCCCAUCAUCGACGUCCUUCUGGACUACGUGGGCAACGUGCAGCUGUGCUCGCGGCUGAAGGAGCACAUUGACAGCUACGAGGACUGGGCCGUCAUCAAGGAGAAGGCAGAACCGCCGAGACCUCUGACUCACCUCUGCAGGCUGCAGGUUCGGAAGGCCAUUGGCAAAUACCGUCUAAAACUCCUGGACACGUUGCCGCUCCCAGGCAGGCUGAUUCGGUACCUGAAGCACGAGAACACCCAGUAACCAGGGCGCGUGGAGGAGGAGUGCCCCUCAGACUGUUUCACUGAAUCUCAGGACGGCGGGGUCCCCAAAUCCAGGGGACCUGGUGAUGGCGAGGCUGUGGGCUGCUCCCCCUGAGCUGGGGCGGCUGCCGUGACCUCACCGGGUCUCUGGGCCAGAGCUGUGCCCAGAGCAGAGAACGGAAUAUGACGGGGAGGAGGAAAAUCUUGUUUCUUUGCAAAUCGACGAGUAGAUCCCAGAGCUUCUCUGCCAUCAGGAAGGGCAGGAGCUUCCGUUCCGGGGCGGGGCAGCUGGCGGGGGAGAACGUGGGGCGGGGGCGCUGGAGUGCUCAGGGCUGUGUGCCUUCCUGGACAACUUCACUGCGGAGCUGGCCCUGCCCCUGCCCCUCUGCUCUGUGAACCCCUCAACAGGUAUGGCCUGUUGGGGGGCUGGGGAGACCCUCGAGCCCAGAGGGCUUCCUGGUACAAUAAAUGUUGCACAGAUGCCUC